GCUUGCUUGAUCAAUUUUUGAGUCCUGUAUUUUGGAUCCUGGGUGUUUCUUAGCACGAUGCAAUGAUUCUCGACAGGGAGGGCAUUCUCGUAUGACGAGGAUUUGCUGGCCGGCUGACAAUGGCGGCGAACCUUCUGAGCCGUGUUUCAAAUAUUUCUCAGCUGCCUCUUCUAUACAAGGCCACUGGAAACGAUGAGUCACUUGUACCAGCAACAACACUAACUGAAAUCAAGAAACUAACGUUUGACUCUAGCAAUUCCCAGCAGCACGUCCAGGAUUUCUUGCUAGAGAAGCUGGGCUCGUCUGGAUGCUAUUCACGGGCAAAGUGUCUUCGCAUUCUGAAGUACUUAGUAGAUCAUGGCCCUCUGGAAUUCACUAUCGCUCUACGGCGCAAAGCAGAACCUAUAGAGAGGUGUAAAGUGUUCACUGGACCUGUAGAUCCACUGCAUGGUGAUGCCUUGUACGUCGGAGUUCGAAAGCAAGCCAUGGAGCUGCUUGAGGUACUUUACGAUGACAAUCUGGACGCGCAGAGACGUAUGAACACUGCCCCGCCAGCGUACAGUACUGGUGGUAGUGCUGGGGGCUAUGGUUCGGAAUCUACCUCUUCUUCCUCCUCUUCCGGUAUGAUGGGAAUAGCUGGUCCGUCACAGCCUCACCAGUCCUAUGCCAUGCAACAGUCAUCAUCAUCAUCAGCAUCGUCUUCAGCAACCAACCAGUACAAUGCUGAUGGUAGUAAGAAGAUGUGGGGAUUUGGAAACACACCAAUGCAGCAAGAGGAAUCCUCUAUUCUUGAUACAAUCAAGACCAAGGCAGUGGGUGUGGUGGAUACGUUACAGCAACAAUGGUACAAGGGUUCUAAUCCGCCAGCGUCCGGUUCCCUAUUAUCCAGUGGUGCUGGGUCGUAUGUAUCUGCUCCUGCCUCUAGUUACACCAGCGGGCGCUACGACACCGGCACAUCGCAUGAAGCUGAAUACUCCUCAGAGCGUGCUGUUGGUCGUCCUGGUGGUGGCUGGGAUACAUCAACACCACCACCCGUUGCACAGCCGGUGUCCAGCUCUCAUUAUCAGCCUGGUGGUGUAAUAGCUGAUCCUGUAAGCACACCGUCAAGAGGAGCAUCCACUCCAUCAGCAGCGUCCUCUUCUCAAACUACUGACAACGGCGGUGCAGCCACCACAAGCACUGCCGGUGCCAGCAGCAGCAGCAGCAAUACACAGGCGGCCGAAGAGCGGCUCGUCGGGGAAUUCACCACGGUGACCGGUGUGCGCGCCGCACCCAGUCGCGAUCAAGUGCAGCAGUUUGUACAGAGGUGUAAGCGGCGAGAUAUGGCCGUCGUUGUGGAGCUGCUGCUAGCUACGCUCAAUCCAGCCACGUCCAGUUCUCAAGUCCAAAUUCGUUCCAUGUGUCUACUGGAGGAGCUUUAUCGUUGUGAUGUUGGUGGUGCGUCGGAGAUAGUUUCCGGCACGUCUGGUCCAGUUCUGCAGCAACUGUUACAGGCUAGUCAGGGCCCCGUUCACAGCAAGGCAUCCAAGUUGCUGCGGCAGGUGAAUCCGAUGGCGGCAACAGCACCAUCUAGCACCCCUGCAAGCCAGCCCGCAUCUGUGCCCGCACCAGCUUCCACUGUCACAGCAGAGACAUCAGCAUUUGCCGACAUUCUCAACCUCUCCACACCGGCCUCUGAUGUUACCAGUACUCAGGUGCCUCAGACUGGCAGUGCUGGAGCAAGCAGUGCACAGCAGAACUCUGGUGCCAUGUUUGCCGGUAUGUCAAUGGGUGGUACAUUGCAGACACAGCCCCCGCCACCCCAGCAGGCAGCAGUGCCGCUCAACCAGACAUCUAGUCCAUCAGUCAUGGCAACUGGAGCGGCGGACCCAGGCGUAUCCCUGAUGGCUGGCCUGACUCUGUCCAGUAAUCAGACCACUGCCUCUGCAUCUAGUUCUAUGCUGACUGGCAACAACAUGUCAGCAGUGCCUACACGUACACCAGUGUAUGCAUCUGCCGGUGGCGAUCUCAUAUCGGGUCAGGAGGUUGACUUGUUUGAUCCACUCAAAGGCCUCACCGCGGGUGCAUCUCAACCUACUGCACUACCUGCUACAAUGGCUAGCUCACAAGAUCUCAUGUUCUCACCAGCAGCAGCAGCAGCAACAACAACCCCCAAUAUGAUGCAACCGCUGCAGCAACAACAGCAGCAGCAGCCUGGCGGUAUGAUGAGGAAUACGGGCAUGAUGGCCCCGGGACAAACAACCCCUGGUCAGGGUACGAUGGCUGCCGGUAUGCACAUGCAUCGGCCGCAGCAGCAACAGCUGCAAGCUGGCAUGAUGCAGUCAACGGCUGGCGGUGCUGGAGGAGUGGGUAUGAUGCGCCCGAUGACCAUGUCCAGCCCCAUAAACCCAGCAGCCGCAGCCGCAGCACCAGCUCAACCGCAGGGCGUGUACAUGGGACCGACAGGACGUACCCAGGUGCAGCUGGCAAAGACUGGUGAUGCUGAUGCCGGAUUCUCCUUUCUCGGCAAGAACACGAAGGCCGGCGCGUUUGACUUUGUCCAGGACGCCAUGAAGGCGGAGAAGAAAGUAUAGCCAUGCUUGGUAUCGCUACGUAUGUGCUCUCUCUCUCUCUCUCUCUCUCUCGUUCUCGUACACGCACAGCUACGUCUUUCUCCUUUGCCCAAGCUCACGACGUGUUUCUUUUCCUAUCCUUGUGUUGUUUCUUGGCGGGAAGUCUUGGAAAUCUUGUUACACUCUCUCUCACCCCCCCCCCCUCCACACACACACUCACUGCGUUUCUUCACCAUGUCCAUUAUUUCAUGUGGGUGCUGGUUGAAGCAUUGGAGAGACGGAGACAACUUUUAUCCCAUGCACUGUCUGGCACACGUGCAGCCUGUCACAGUAGACUCGUCUUUUCAGCUGCUGCUGCUAUCAUCAUUGCUUCUCUUGUGCUCUACAUACUUAUCAGCUGCUGCUGCUAUCAUCAUUGCUUCUCUUGUGCUCUACAUACUGUCGUUGCGGGACUGGCUUUCUACAUCAAGUCACCCUCCAUGGUUCAUGAGUGCCCCUUUCACAAUAUUCCCGUGUCCCUGCAAAGUAUCCAAUCCUUACUCUAACCUUUAUUGCCAGUAAAUACUCGAUUUUUGCUUCUCCAGAGAAGGCGUAUAAUACGACAGUAUGCCUGCUGUUACCUUUGUGACCAGGUUUCUUACUCAACCAAGAAUUUUUUUCUGGUCUCACUGCACACUUUGCUAUUUUUGUUUGCAGUGUUCGCUUCACACCAGCAACUUUCUAGGCACUGUUCUACUUGUCAGCAUUCGGUUUCGCUGCGGUAUUGCUGCGGUUUGCUGCGGUUUGUUGUUGCAGUAUUUGUCCCAGAGUUUAUCAUCUCCCAAUUUUAGGUGCAAAGUUGUUGGCAAGAGGUCAGCCGGCCUGGCGAUUGCGCCAAAUGUAGCGUUUGGCUUUUCAUCUCUUCUUUGCUCCUCUCAACGUUAGGUGUUUUCUAUUUAUCACAUUAUCAUCUUGUCAUGUUCACGCCACAUCAUUUUUAAAAUUUACCGCUUUCAAGUGAGCACAUUGCCCUGUUGGUGUUUGAAACCUGCUAGCCAUCACAUAAAUACUAGUCUUCAUGUCCUAAGUUUUAGUCAAAAUGUUUUGUUGAUGCCACGGCGCCACCCCGUCCCAGAAAUAUUUUCCAUAUUUUUGAAAGAAGUCCUCAUAGAACACUUGCAAGUUUUUUUAAACCUUUUUAGGAGGCUUUUUAUCUAAAAGCAUCAUCAGCGUGAUGACUGUGUAUUUUACCUCCUCUGG